AUGUAUGAUGACAUAAAAAGAUUUAUUGCAUUCACAGAAGAAAAUGGAUUUGAUAAAAAUCAAAAACUUGAAAGCAAAUUUUAUGCAUUUUCUAUCGAAGGAUAUUCAUUACUUGAGUUAUGUUGUUAUCAUGGGGCAGUUGAUUGUUUCAAGCUAUUAUUAACGAAAUUUAACUCCAAAAUAACUAAACAAUGCCUAAAAUGUUCAUUUUUUGGAGGAAAUCCAGAAAUAAUGAAUGAAUGUUUGAAAUAUCAAGAACCAGAUUACGAUUGCAUGGGAUAUGCAAUUAUUUCGCACAAUAUCGAUUUUGUCACUUUCUUGAUGAAUGAAUACAAUAUAGAUAUCGAUAUAUCAAAUUGCCGAUAUUACAAAAAUCUUGAUGCAUUUUUAGUUUAUUUCGAUCAAACUAAUGAUAUUAACCAAUGCUUUAUUUAUUCAGUAAUGUUUAAUAUUCCAUCUCUUUGUAACUAUUUCCUUACUCAUGGUGUAAAUAUCAAUGCAAAAAAUAAUAACGGACAAACAGCUCUUCAUUGUGCAGCUGAAUAUAAUUGUAAAGAAACAGCCGAAUUUCUUAUUUCGCAAGGGGCAAAUAUCAAUGAAAAAGAUAAAGAUGAAAAAACUGCUCUUCAUUGCAUAUCAUUUCAUAGGAGUAUAGAAACAGCUGAAGUUCUUAUUUCACAUGGUGCAAAUAUCAAUGAAAAGGAUAAAACCGGAUCAACUGUUUUACAUUAUGCAACACUUUUUAAACAAAAAGAAUUAGUUAAACUACUUGUUUCGCAUGGUGCUAAUAUCAAUGAAAAAGAUGAAUGCGGAAAAACAGCAUUUCAUUGCACAUCAUUUCAUAAUACGAAAGAUACGAUUGAACUUCUUAUCUCACAUGGUGCAAAUAUCAAUGAAAAAGAUAAUGUUGGAAAAACUGCUCUUCAUAUUGCAGCAUAUCAUAAUAAAAAAGAAACAGCUGAAACUCUUAUUUCGCAUGGUAUAAAUAUCAAUGAAAAAAACAAAUAUGGAGAAACAGCUCUCCAUAAUGCAUCGAGAAAUAAUAGCAAAGAAACAGCUGAAAUUCUUAUUUCACAUGGCGCAAAUAUCAAUGAAAAAGAUAACGACGGGAAACCCCUCUUCAUUUUGCAGCAUCAAAUCAUUAUGCAGAAAUAG